UCCUUCUUUGUGCAUUUCACAAUAUCUGUGUUGGGGAUUAAUACCAGCCUUUCAGCGUGUUAAUUAACAACUAGAAGGAAAGCUGGCCUCAAAGUUCACACUGAAAGUGUUUUGACAGUGUUCAUUCACACACAGCUAUCAUGAGCCUAGGAACAGAAGCAACCCCGGGCACCUCCACUCCUGAUUCGGAGAAGAUUUUUGCCUUGGAGAUUCCUGACGUCGUAGUUAUUGUCAUAUAUUUUGUUUUAGUGAUUGCGGUGGGCAUUUGGUCUUCAAUUAGAGCAAGUCAUGGGACGGUGGGAGGCUACUUCUUGGCUGGAAGAUCUAUGACAUGGUGGCCUAUCGGCGCUUCUCUGAUGUCCAGCAAUGUGGGCAGUGGUCUGUUCAUUGGGCUGGCUGGGACCGGAGCAGCCGGAGGGAUAGCUGUCGGAGGCUUCGAGUGGAAUGCUGCCUGGGUCCUCAUUGCGCUGGGUUGGGUUUUCGUGCCGGUCUAUAUUGCAGCCGGGGUGGUCACUAUGCCUGAGUACUUAAAGAAACGAUUUGGAGGACAAAGGAUCCGCAUCUACAUGUCUGUGCUGUCUCUGAUCCUGUACAUAUUCACAAAGAUAUCAACAGACAUCUUCUCUGGAGGUCUCUUCAUCCAAGUGUCUCUGGGCUGGGACCUCUACAUCUCCACUGUGGUGCUCUUAGUGGUGACUGCUGUCUACACCAUUGCUGGAGGCCUGACUGCUGUCAUUUACACAGACGCCCUGCAGACAGUCAUCAUGCUGGUGGGAGCCUUUGCCCUCAUGUUUAUAAGCUUUGAGAAAGUGGGCUGGUAUGAGGGGCUCCUGGUGAAGUACAAUGAAGCUGUGCCGACUCUCACUGUACCCAACACCACCUGUCACCUUCCCCGAGCUGACGCCUACCAUAUGUUCCGAGACCCAGUCUCAGGAGACUUGCCCUGGCCUGGCCUCAUAUUCGGACUCACUGUCCUGGCUACCUGGAACUGGUGUACAGACCAGGUGAUAGUACAGAGGUCCCUUUCUGCCAAGAACCUGUCCCAUGCCAAGGGUGGUUCCGUGCUUUGUGGCUAUCUCAAGAUGCUGCCCAUGUUCUUCAUUGUGAUGCCAGGCAUGAUCAGCCGGGCGCUCUACCCAGACGAUGUGGCCUGUGUGGUUCCCUCGGAGUGUGAGCGUAUUUGUGGAGCGAAGGUGGGCUGUUCAAAUAUAGCCUACCCCAAACUAGUAGUGGAGCUGAUGCCAGUCGGUCUGCGUGGUUUGAUGAUCGCUGUGAUGAUGGCAGCCCUCAUGUCUUCCCUCACCUCCAUCUUCAACAGCAGCAGCACCCUCUUCACAAUGGAUAUUUGGAAGAGAAUCCGCAGUAAUGCCACAGAGAGAGAGCUCAUGGUCGUAGGCAGAGUGUUCAUCGUUAUACUGGUAGUUGUGAGUAUUCUGUGGAUCCCCAUCAUCCAGUCAGCCAAUAGUGGGCAGCUUUUUGACUACAUUCAGGCCAUCACCAGCUACCUGUCCCCACCCAUCGCUGCUCUGUUCAUCAUGGCGGUGUUCUGGAAGAGGGUCAACGAGCCGGGGGCUUUCUGGGGCCUAAUGAUUGGCUUGGUGAUUGGGUUCAUCAGGAUGAUCAUGGAGUUUGUGUACACAGUGCCAUCUUGUGGUGAAGUAGAUAACAGGCCUGCACUGGUGAAGGAUGUGCAUUAUCUCUACUUCGCCAUGAUCCUGCUCACUCUGACUGCUGGGAUCAUCACUGCGGUCAGUCUGUGCACUCCAGCUAUUCCAGACCAACAUCUUAUUAGAAUGACCUGGUGGACAAGACACAGCAAAGCCCUCCUUGUGGAGAUGGAUGACCCCUGGUCUCAAACCACAGCAGUGACCCCUGACCCUGUCCAGACUAACGGAGAGGCACCCGCUGGUCUAGAGAACAAAGAGCCACAGCUGACAGAGCCCCAGGCCUGGAAGAAGCUGGGUCUCUGGUUUUGUGGCCUGUCCAAUAGGCCCCAGCCAGAGAUGAGUGUGGAGGAGAGAGCGGAGCAGCAGAAGAAGCUCACCUGCAUUGAGGAGCAACCGUUCUGGAGAAACUUCUGUAACAUCAACGCUCUCCUGCUGCUCACUGUGAAUGUGUUCCUUUGGGGAUACUUCUCUUGAGCAUCACUGAAGAGGUGCAGAUACUGUAUACACACACACACACACAUAUCCCUGCAGAGAGAGGUGUAGAUACUGUAUACACACACA